CACAGAGCAACACUGGACUGGAGCAAAAACCAAACAGUUGAAGAGAUAGAGCGAGCCAUGGUGAGCAACUCAACAUCUCUGCUCACAAUCUCUACGCACAAUUCAAUUUCUUCUCCUCUUCUGUUCCCAAAUGAACCUCUUCUCAAACACUCCUCACUCCCAUCUCUCCGUUUCAAAAACGACACCGGUUUCAAUUCUCACCAUCUCUUACCCAAACGAUGCAAUCUUUUCUCUCUUCCCGCCCUCAAAAAAUCCCCCACAAAAAAUUCCACUGCUACCCUCGUGGAAAUGAGCGACUUGGACGACGAUUUUGACGAUGAACUUGACGCUUUUGAUGACGAUUUCGUUGACGACGGCGACGGCGAUGAUGAAGAAGAAGGGGCAUUUUUGCCAUUAGGUAAAAUGCAAAAAUGGCUGGAGAAUAAACCAAGUGGGUUCGGUGUUGGGAAAGUGUACGAUACGCCCAUUGAAGAUAAACUGCUUGAAGAAAUUGAACAGAGUAGAAAAGCUCAAGCUGUUAAUUUAGAUAACCUUAAGAAUAAAGCUGUGCCCAAGAAUCAAAAUCAAAGCAAUAAAGUGGUUGAAGUGGUUGAUUCGAGCGGUGUUCUUGUGCGGGUUUUGAAUCUGCCGAAGAAAAAGAAUGUUCAUAGAGAUUUGCAGUUGGCGUUCAAGGAUGUUUAUGGUGUUGUUAAGAUAGUCCCGGCUGUUACUGGGAAUAAGAAGACCAAGGACCCGGUUUGCAAGGGUUUUGCUUUUGUUGAUUUCAAAUCUGAGGAGGAUGCUAAUAGGUUUGUGCAACAAUUUUCAGGACAAAGUAUAUUAUUCGGCAAAAUUCAAAAGCAGAUAAAAUGUGUAACGGAAAAAUCACACUCUUCCAAAUCUUCUGAUGAUAAAUCAGCAGGCAGCUUCAGCUCUGGUUCAAAAUUGACAGUACUUGCUUCAGAAGAAGACACAAAUGCUAAUUUUAAUAUCGAUAAUUCAUCCGUUGAAGAAACUUCAUCUGAUGUACCUGAUACAGAUGAAAUCAGUACAACAAAAUUUGAAGAUGUAACUGAUAGUGUCGAAUCUUUGAGCAUAUCAGAGGUGGAUAAUGAUGAUAGCAUGCAACCUGAAAGUGGUUCAUUAUCCCAGACGAAACAAAAUAAACGACAAGCUACUGAGAAAAAGACCACUGUGAAAGAUAAAAAAGAAAAGGUUCCGAAGAAGAAAAUUCCGGGAUCUGCAAAGAGGUUAAUGAUGAAGGAGAAAGCUGUGCUGACUGAUGUAUUCAGUAAAUACGGAUCACAAUCUGUUCCGGCAUCAGUCGAAAAGAGCUAAUGCAUAACAUAGAUUUGAACUGUUAUGAAACAUUAGACUAGCUUUUGCAUGGAAUCCAAAACAUGUAACAGAAAAUUAGUGUUUAGUAAAACAAUAGAACAUGAUUAUGAGCAUUUCUUGAUAGGGUCUGACUGUUGUAAUCUCCAUAUUUUCAAUUACCAAAUACUGAUUCCUCUA